AUGGACGCCAUGCAGGAAAAGAUGCAGAUUGAUUCGAUCCCCGAUCGUUUCAGUUUUUAUUCUUCCAAGACGAAGGAAUCCAAGACUUCUUCCACCUGGGAUGAUCUGUUUCCCAUCGGCCACAAGGAGGAUCUUCCCCUGGAGAAGUACAAAACUCGACCGAAUUCGAAUCAUCCUAUUUGGUGGAUUGAUGUUCGUGACCCCACAGAGGGAGAUGUUGACGCCGUGGCCCAAGCCUUGUCCAUCCACCCCCUGACAACAGAGGAUAUCGUCAUGCGCGAACCACGGGAGAAGGUCGACGUUUUCAAGAACUACUACCUCCUCUCCCUUCAAACCCUCGUCGCCAGCAAGGUCAAGGAGGAGCGCCCGGGCAUUCCUGUCUCUGCAGCGUUGUACAUGCUUGUCUUCCAGUAUGGUGUUGUGACUUUCUCACCCAGCGGCUCUUCACAUGUGCAUCGGGCACGGGAUAGAAUCAGCAAAAUGCACGAUCCAUCCAUCUUGACCAGUGACUGGGUCUGUUAUGCAAUGAUUGAUGACAUCAUCGAUAGCUUUGAGCCCUUCACCCGCGACGCAGAACGAGAGUCCGAGGCCAUCGAGGAUCAGGUCUUCAUUGCCCGUAUCGAUGAUGCGCAGGCGCUAAUCCCGCAAGUUGACGUGCUGCGUAAGAGGAUCACGCAUAUCAUUCGCUGUCUCCAUGGCAAGGUCGAUGUGUUGAAUGGGUUCGUCAAGCGCUGCCAGUCCGCGGAUAAGCAUUCUAUCUUCCCAGGUGGAGAUAUCCUGCUUUAUCUCGGUGAUGUUCAGGAUCAUCUUGUCACGACUUUGUCGACUCUGAGUCACAUUGACGAAAUCAUCGGCCGGUCUCAGGCAAACUGCCUGGCUCAGUUGAGUGCUACCAACUUGAGGUUGAGUCUGACCAUCAACUCUGGUCUGAGUAAGGUGACAUUGUUAGCCACUAUAUUUGUGCCAUGCCAUCUUAUCACGGGUAUGUGGGGAAUGAACGUUAAUGUUCCCGGUCAAGAGACGGCAGGAUUGGGUUGGUUCUUUGGUAUUGUGGGUGUUUUUGCGGCAUUCAUGGUCAUUUGUGUUGCUGCGGCCGUCAAGUAUAAACUACUAUAG